AUGAGCAACUUCGGCGACUUGAAUCCGGCCUUCUCCGGUGCGGGUCGAACCAGCAAUAACCCUGACCCGACUUUCAAUUCAGCGCCGUUUCCCCGGUCGUCUUCUGGGCUCUCCAAGCCGAGAUUCUCAAAGGUCAGAAGGCAAGUGAAGUCACAGAGCUUCGCGAAACCCUCGGUGACUUCAGAUUCCUUACCGGGUCAGGGUUUCAACCCGUUUCAUUACCGCGGCUCUAUUCCGAUGUCUCCCGGUGAUCCACCUCCGGGCGGGACCGUAUUCAGCCGGAGCAUUAACGAGGGUUUUGUAUUUGGAGGGUCGAGUGCGAAUUUGAGCUCCGGUGAUCAAAGAGUUAUGGAAGACUUGGAAAAGUUGAAGAUUGAUGGUCACAUGAAGAAUUCAAGCUCUGAUGGGCACUUGGCUUCGAGUCUGCCUGGAGAUAUGCAGAAUUUGAAUAUCAGCAAGGUUUCUCAUUCCAGCUUUAGUUUCGGUGGCAAUGCGAAUGCGAGGAAAAACGUGGAUGAUGAACUUGGAUCUCUGUUGAGUGAUAAACUUAAAAUUGAUAGCUUUGGAUCUUCGUCUUCUUCUUCGUGGAGUAGAGGACAUGUGCUCCAAGAAAGUAUGGAUAAGUUGAAUAUUUCAGAGAAGGUGACUGAUCAGCAAAACAAAAACGCUAAAGUUAAAGAGUCUCUAGAUUAUGUUGGGGAGAAGAUUCUAUCUGAUGAUUUGUGUAGAAAGCUAAGCGUUGGAAGUGCAUCAGCAUCUGCAGAGCCACUACAGGGAAGUGUGAAUGAGAAGAACGUUCAUGAUUCAAACAAUCGGAUGGAUUAUAGAUUUGUAGGUACACAGCCAAGUGAACAUCUGAAUCCUAGGAAUGUUCAUGAUGUGUCCUCCUCGAAUUUCAUGGAGUUCAAGACCCCUAAUGGUGCAAAGGAAAGUGUUGGUGCCACCAGAGCGAGAAGAAAAGGGGGUAAGCAGCCUGUGAAGGUGCAGCUGAAUGUUGGACAUGAAUUUGCUUUUGCAGAAAGUGCGUUUCCACAUGGAAGCAGUGAGGCUUCUGAGUCUUAUUCACCGAUGGAUGUAUCUCCAUAUCGGGAGACAGAAGACUUUUCUGAUGUAUCAUCUGAUAUUCAGCUUGCUGCUCCAAAUGAUGUGUUUGAUGCAGAGCUAGUUUCUGCAACUGAACGGAUGGAGAUAAACGAGGGAGAUGAAGCUGAGGAACUCAAUACUGGGAAAUGCGCUGAUCAAGAAGACAUUGGUGAAGCUUCUAUAUCUGGGGCUGAAUCUGAAAGCUUUAAGUCAGCAGCGGAAGAGAUGGAAACUAGUAGCGAAACUUUCGUCACGGCUUCAGAGAGCGAGGUUACUUCACGGUUUAAGCCUGAUGAUAGGCAGCAAAAUGACGACGAUUCCCUUUUUAAUUCGAAUGCUUCUAGCUCCAACUUUACCUUUUCUGCUCCAUCCUUUUCGGGAGUGCACGGGCAAGCUUCAAAGCGUAUCAACAGGAAGAAGAAUCCAGUUAAACUUGGGCAAGAUCCGUAUAUCUUAAUUCCAAAUGCAACGCUUCCAAAUGCUUCGUCAUUAAAAUCUUCACAACAUUCGCCGUUAGCUGGUGUUCGGUCACACUUUUCCUCUGGGAUCCCCAGUGAAAGGGAUCUGCUUACUCGUCUACACAAGCGUAAUGAUAAUUCUGCGAUGGACAAAGCAAGUGAGGAGAAUGAUAAGUCUAAUGCAGCGCAAGAAGCAUGUGAAAAGUGGCGAUUGAGAGGAAACAAUGCUUACAAAAAUGGAGAUCUUCCCAGAGCUGAGGAAUCUUACAGUCAAGGGAUAGAUUCAGUGCCGCAAAUUGAGACUUCUAGAAACUGUCUCAGGGCACUGAUGCUUUGCUACAGCAACCGUGCUGCAACACGCAUGGCCCUUGGAAGAAUGAGAGACGCAAUAGCAGAUUGCACGAUGGCUUCUUCAAUAGACUCCAACUUCCUAAAAGUUCAAGUCAGAGCUGGAAAUUGUCAUCUUUUACUUGGGGAGAUUGAAGAUGCAUCCAGAUAUUUCAAAAAAUGCUUGCAGUCUGGAAGUGACAUCUGUGUGGACCGCAAAAUUAUAGUAGAGGCUUCUGAUGGUCUACAAAAGGCACAGAGAGUUUCCGAGUGCAUGCAUGAAGCUGGCUGUCGUUUGCAACUUAGAACAUCAACUGAUGUUGAGAAAGCUUUGGAAAUACUAGAUGAAUCUCUGUUGAUAAGCCCAUACUCUGAAAAGUUACUCACCAUGAAGGCAGAGGCGCUUUUAAUGCUUGAGAAGUAUGAAGCAUCAAUAAAGCUCUGUGAGCAGACAGUUGAUUUGGCUGGAAAAAAUUCUCCUCCCAUAGACGCUGAUAAAAUUGUGGCUAACUCAGUUUCUCAUGACACUCCCAAGGACAUAAACUUUAGAAUUUGGCGGUGUCGUCUCAUGCUGAAAUCAUAUUUCCAAAUGGGAAAGCUUGAGGAGGCGAUUGCUUCUCUGGAGAAGCAAGAACAAUUACUAUCUACUACAAAAAGAGACGGAAACAAACCUCUUGAAUCCUCCAUCCCACUGGCUGCUACUAUCCGUGAGCUGUUGCGCCUUAAGUCGGCAGGGAAUGAAGCCUUUCAGUCUGGACGACACACUGAAGCAGUUGAACAUUACACAGCAGCCUUGUCUUGCAAUGUGGAAUCACGUCCUUUUACGGCUGUGUGUUUCUGUAAUCGUGCUGCUGCAUACAAGGCUCUUGGUCAAUAUUCUGACGCUAUCGCAGACUGCAGUCUUGCUAUUGCUCUUGACCAAAACUACUCAAAGGCUAUUUCUAGACGGGCCAUGUUGUUCGAGAUGAUUAGGGAUUAUGGACAGGCAGCCAGUGAUAUGCAGAGAUAUGUUGAUAUUCAAACCAAGCAAAUGGAAGAGAGGUCCUCUGGAAUUCACGACAGAUUCACUAGUUUGGCAAAUGACAUAAGACAGGCUCGUUUACGACUUUCUGAACUGGAAGAGAAAUCAAGGAAGGAAACUUCUUUGGAUAUGUACCUUGUCUUGGGUCUUGUACCAUCAUGUUCGGCUUCAGAUAUCAGGAAGGCGUAUAGGAAGGCCGCUCUCAAACAUCAUCCUGACAAGGCUGGUCAGUCUUUAACAAGGAAUGAGACCAAAGAUGAGAGGCUAUGGAAGGAGAUAGGAGAAGAAGUGCACAGAGAUACCGAUAAGUUAUUUAAAAUGAUUGGGGAAGCCUAUGCUAUACUUUCAGACCCUGCAAAGCGUUCUCAGUAUGAUCUGGAAGAAGAGAUGCAUAAGGCGCAAAAGAGACGUGAUGGAAGCAGCACAUCUGGAGCAGAGCCAGAUGUUCAUUAUCCUUUCAGUAGCAGCAGAAGAAACUGGAGUUCACGUAGGGACCCAUCAGCUCCGAGGUGGUUUGAACCAAACCGAUCAAACAGAUACCCGUUGUAA